AUGAAAAGUACGAAGAAGAGAUGGACGAAGGUCGCCAAGAUCAGUGUUGAUGAGAAUAUUUCUCUCGAUAAACAUAAUACAUCCAUUAGUUCCAUCGGAUCUUCGAAUGCUACGCUGAGGACGAAUUUGAGUAAGGGAAGCGGCUGGCUUGAUGGAAGUUUCCGCGGUACAAGGAGCCCAUUGGGAUUGAGCACCGACGGCACACCCCAUCCUGCUGAACUGGCGGGCUACUCGUUGGAUGACUUUAUAGAUACAGUACGUGCCGUCUCAGAUAGUGUCCAUGAAACUGAUAAGAAGGGGGCUAGUGUGGCUCAUUAUCUUGCAAUGAAAGGGAGAAAAGAUCUUCUUGAGCACGCCUUAAUUUGUGGUGCAGACUUUAAGGCUCAAGAUAGUAGCGGGGACACCCCACUUCACUGGGCAGUGAGAGGUAACUCGUCUGAUGCCCUUCAUUGCCUCGUCUAUGCCGGUGCAGACCUCAGUGAACUCAACAACCAUAAGAUGACACCAUUACACUUGGCUUGCCAGUUGAAUCUACCAGAUAUGGUUGAGGCCAUUUGCAGCCAUGACAAAAUCGACGUUAAUUUACCAGGUGAAUAUGGUCAGACACCACUCCACUAUUGCGCUCUCUCUGAUUCAUUAGAGGCAGCUCAAAUUCUGUUGAAAUUCAAAGCGCGUCUUUGCAUCAGAGACAACAAUGGCGUCUACGUCAUUCACUGUGCAGCCACACACGCAUCCAGGAAAGUUCUGCAGCUACUCUUAGACCAAGCUGAAGCUGCUGGUUAUACCAGGGAUAUUGUACUGAAGAUGAAAGAUAAAGAAAACAACACUGCACUGCAUUCUGCCGUAAAUAGUGGUAGCGAGGAGGCUGUACGUGUCUGCAUCGAGUUUGGAUCACCUAUAGAUGUAUUGCAGGAAGAUGAUUCGACUCCCCUUCAUCUCGCCGCCUCUCAAGGAUCGCUCCCGUUGGUUAAACUUCUUCUUAGUCCACCGGCCAGUGAUACAACACUCAGUAACUGUGACGUAGAACUAAUGACGCCAUUACACAGGGCGGCCAUGUUUGAUCAUGUUGACGUUGCUGAUUUCCUAAUUGAAAAGGGAGCCGACGUUGACAGCGUGGAUAAGACAGGUUGCAGCCCGCUUCUCCGCGCUGUUUCCCGGGGUAGUAUCAAUACUGCCAAGCUGUUAAUCGGCAAGUACGGUGCCGACUGUAACCUUCUAGAUUGCUCUAAUAGGAAUAUUCUUCAUCUGGCUGUGCAAAGUGGAAAGAACCUCAAGGCAUAUGGAUUGGUGGCAAGUGAAAAGGCUAUACACGUUCUCUUGAACAACGUAGACUCUUCAGGAUGUACGCCCAUUCACUACGCCACACGGGACGGUAACAUCCAGUCUCUGCAGAGCCUGAUCGAACUUGGAGCAACCGUCAAUCUCAAGAACAACCAGAAACAAUCACCAUUACACUUUGCCGCAAGGUAUGGGCGUUAUAACUCCUGUAGACGGUUACUUGAUAGCGCCAUUGGACCCAACAUUAUCAAUGAUGUUGAUGGGGCAGGUAUGACUGCUCUACACAUCGCAUCAUUGAGCGGCCACAGCAAGGUCAUUUCAAUGCUGAUACUGCGAGGAGCUCUACUUCACCGGGAUUAUAAAGGCCGUACUCCAUUGCAUCUAGCUGCAAUGGGUGGUUACUUGGACUCUGUUCAGACAUUGCUAAAUACACAUAGAUAUCUACUGGAUCAAGUAGACGACAAUGGGGACACUGCAAUGCAGUUAGCGGCUAAAGAGAACCAGCCAUCCUCCGUGGACUUCUUGCUGACAGCGGGAGCAGAUCUUAUUCUGAAUAAUGACAAACUGGGACUCAUGUCGGUCGUGAUAGGGUGUAAUAAUGAAGACGUUGCCAUGGCUAUUAUAUCACAUGACAGAGGAGAGGAAGCAUUUGCUAUGUUUGUAAGAUCAGACCGAGAGGCACUUCGCAAACUCAUUGGUAAAAUGCCGCUUGUUUAUAAGAAAAUGUUGGAUCGCAGUGUGACCACAUCGGCCGAUACCCCUACCAGCCCGGACUACUGGGUUCUGUAUGAAUUCAAGUUUCUGCAGUUGCCCCUUGAAGAGCGCAUAAAGAAUAAGAAAGAUGGUUUCCCUACCAACCCACUGUGUGCACUUAAUAUGGCGGUUGAGCAUGAUCAAAUGGGUAUACUGUCCCACCCAGUCUGCUUAGAGUAUCUCAACCACAAAUGGAAGUCCUACGGACUGCUCAUCCACUUUACAGGUACGACCAUCUACUUAGCUUUCCUUGCAUGCCUGACCUUCCUUGCAAUCAACUGCUCCUCUAAUACACAUGCUAAUGAGACUACGAGUAAUGUUACCAUGGAGGCGACUGAUGAACCCAACCCGACAAUGGAAUGUAUGAUGACGAUUUCUGUGUACAUUGCGACUGGCUUUUGCGUUUUGAGCGUCCUGAAAGAGUUUGCGCAGAUGUGCCAUGAGCGAUUUAGGUACUUUAUAGACUGGAACAACUAUCUGGAGUGGGGUUUGUACACGUCCACUCUGUUGUUUGUUAUUCCAUUUUUACUGGGUAGUGAUUUCAAUGACAUGAGUGACAUGCAACGGCAGAGUGGAGCUUUCGCCGCAUUCCUAGGCUGGUUUGUUAUGCUCCUCUUAGAACAAAGGAUCGAAGUGAUUGGUAUCUACGUUGUGAUGUUUCAAGUCAUACUCACUACUCUGGUACAAGUUCUGGCAGUGUUCUUAGGUCUCAUCAUUGCCUUUGCAAUGGCUUUCUUCGUCUUGCUGAAGGAUGAGGAAAACAAAGCGUUUGAGUCGGUACCGAUCUCUAUUUUCCGUGUGUUUGCGAUGACGUUGGCAGAGAUAGACUUCAUCAAUUCUUUUGUUUAUCCAGCAAUGGACUCUGAUGAUCAAACCAUGCCGUACCCUGAGACAACCUACUUCUUUCUCGCUUUGCUCCUCAUAUUCCUGACUAUCAUUCUGAUGAAUCUAAUGAUUGGUCUAGCAGUUGGUGAUAUUGCAAGUGUCCAGCAAGACGCUAAGCUGAAGAAUCUUGCUAAGCAGGUUGAGCUCUAUACGGAAAUGGAAGGCAAGAUUCCCGCCAGAAUUCUGGAGUACGUCAACAAAGACUACGUGGUUAACUUUUCUAACAUCAGAUGCAAACUUAAACGAUCCAAAGCAAGAAAACUUUGGAAGGAGGUUCGAAACGGCAAGUGUGAUAAGACAAGUAAGUCAGGUGAUCAUAUGAUGUCGUGUGUCAAGGGACUACCAAUCAAGAAGGACAACAACAAUAAGAACACAGAAAUGACCUCAAUCACGAAGAAGAUGACGUCAUUGUCAAGUCAACUGGAAAAGCAGUCUGACAUCUUGCGUCUGAUUAUGCAGAAGAUGGACAUCAACACAGAAGCUGACCAAGAUGAGGGUGUAUCGCCCUCAGCGGAUGGUGUAGCAAACCCAAGAUUUGACUUCCGCCAAGUGGUAAGCGCCGCUCAAAGGAACCAGCCACGUAUCAAAUCAGCAUCGGCUACUGGACACCCGGGAAAAUCGGUAUAAUUUACAUGGUUGCACAAAGAUGUCAUUGCAAUGGUUGAAAUCAAUGGGCCGAGGGAGAAAACACCCACAAUUUACAUAUGUUUGUUAAACAUUAAUUGGAUGAAAUUGUGGUAUAUUUAUUGGACAUAAAUUUACUGUAAGCUUUCAGGGUUGGUUAACUGCAUAGCCAGGCGCUAUAGCCUACAUUAUAUACGACAGUACUUUUCUUUGAUUAUUUGAAGAACAAAAAUAACCAAAAACUUGACAAAUUGCCAGUAAAAUAAAUACAACACACGAAAAAUUGUUUUGCUAACAAAAAGGCAUCAAUUAAAACUUAACCGUUAAAAAUACUCGUUUAAAGUGCACCCAUUUCGUACUUGCAGCAACAUUUUAUUUAGAAAUUCAGCUUGAUUUGGAAAAUAUAAAUUUAAAUUGUAGUUAAUAGUUAAGAUGUUAUUAUGGUACAACAGGUAAUGUUAUCUGACGUACGUUAAAUAGUUAUGUUGAAUGUGUCCGACAUUAUAAAUCGUUAAUCUUUCAAAUUAAUCUAUACCAUCAAUUUUGUGACUAUGCCUACAUAUAGAGCCUCAAUAUAAAUUGGUAGGAAGUGAGUUUGUUUAAGUAUUUCAUUCAGGGGAUGAGGUUCCUAAAACUUGUUGCCCAUUCCUUCAGGUCAAGAUAUUUUAAUAGUUAUUAUACCAGCCCCGUAAAA